AUGGCUUUCUGUGGACCCUCUUGUGCUGUGCCAUCUUGCGCCUCCGCCCCAGCUGUUGGCUUUGGAUCAGCUGGUUCCAGAGGUCUCGGCUAUGGAGGUCUCGGCUAUGGAGGUCUUGGCUCUGGUUUAGGUUAUGGCUACGGAGCUGGGGCCUUGGCCGAAUCCUCAGGAAGCCUGGGCACCCUGGCCGGAGUCAUCCCCAAACCCAUCAACCAGAUCCCAGCCUCUGAGGUGACCAUCCAGCCCCCUGCAGUUGUGGUCACCCUCCCUGGUCCCAUCCUGUCAGCCAGCUGUGAGCCUGUCGCCGUCGGAGGCUACAACCCAUGUGCCCCCGGAGGUAUUGGAGGUCUCGGACGCUUAGGUGCAGGCUACCUCGGAGGCCGGCUGGGGCGUCUCGGUGGCCGUGGCAUCAUCUGCGAUCCUUGCAGCCUCCCCUGUUAAAUAAACCAGGACUCUCCAUGACCAAAUACAGAUUUCAGAAGAUUGGCUAAGGCCCUAUUUUGCUGUUUGCAGUUUUCACAAUGCUCCUCUGCCUUCUCCAGGUUGCUCUAGAUCCUAUUGCUUG